AUGGCCCUCAACCCUCCUUCCAAACGACCCGUCAACAACUCCGCCGCAGCCCGCAAGCGCGCCAAAACGUUCGAUGCGCGCACCCUGGCCGUGCAGUCCUCCGACGCGGCGCUCUCUGCCUCCGGCGAGCUCGACGCCGCCGCGUACGUGGGCUCCAGAGAAUAUGAGAUCCGGUCCCUGGAGGCGGGGAUGCAGCGCUCCAAAGCUGCCUUGACGAGUCGCGCAUUCCAGCAGGUGCCGCGGUCCAUGAGACGCAGGACGGCGAGUCAUAAUGUGAAAAGGGUGCCGAGUCGGUUGAGGGCUAGGGCGAAGAGAGAGAUGGCCGAAGACAAUACCCCCACCGUUACAGCGCGGCGAAGGAAACCCACCGAGCUGAUGCGAAUCCGUCUCGAGACCGCGCGCCGGUUACAGAACCUGAAUUCCAAAACGAAAGCGAAGCGAGCCGCCGCGAAAGCAGAACGUGACCAGGAGACGCGCAAAUCGUUAGAGGAGGCCGGAUCCCAUGCGUUCAGCAUCGCGCCGCGGGUCCCGAAGAUCAAGAAGAGUAAGCUUUCGCGUCCAGCGCCGCCGGAGUCGAGGUUCAAGAAGCGCCAGAGAGACAAGACGUGGUUGCCAACCCACAUGUUCCAUGCGAAGCGCGCGCGGAUGACGACGUCGAAGGAUCCGCUGUGGCGGUUUGCGGUGCCGCUGUCGCCGACGGAGAAGAGUUAUAGGCCGUCGCAUAGGGCGAGAGGCGCGAGAGGCGCCGUGGCGUGGGAUAUGAGCUAUAUGGCUACGAUUCAGCUGGAGGGGUCGGAGUCGGCGUUGGAAGGGGUACUGAGGGCUGUAGGAGUGGAUGGAGAGGAGGCUUGGGGGUCGAAGGGGAAGAAAUGGCGAGCUGGGACGAGAGGUCUACAGGCUUGGACUUUUGAGCAUCAGGGUGAAAAGAGACUGAUUGCGCCGGUCACGUUGAUUCGGUGUGCUGAGGCUAAGUCUCAGGAUGUGGAGAUGGUGGAUGGCGAUGCUGCUGAUGCGCAAACGAAAGAGACGAAAGGCAAGAACAAACAGAACAAAAACUGGAAGAAGGUUUUUGUCCGGGUGCAUCCGUCUGCCUUCUUGCAGUUAUGGAACGAGCUGCUUGAAGUGUCGAAACACCAGAACCCACCUGUCAUGGUUGAAGAUCUUCGCUUCGAGAUUGGCAGCAUUGAAAUCACUGGCCCGGGCUCUACGGAAGCCCUCAUCGCCGCUUUGGAACCCUUAACGACUGGAGGAACAGCACCGGCAAACAGCCCAGAGUCUACCUGGGGUAAGUUGCUGGGUGUGUCUAACCCAUCCUCUCUGCCUCAGAACGCGCUUCUUGGCUUCUUUACAUCCGACCCUCGUCUUCAUUUCCCGCCCAAAUCAAAGAAGCCUCCCUCCUCUGACACCGAUAUGCAAAACCUGGCCAUCUUGCUAUCAACAUGGCCUGUUGACGGCACCCAAUCCUCCCCUGCUAUUUUCGAUCGUCGCGCGCGAUUAGCUGCUACGCGCAGACUACCCAGUCAAAAAGCCAUCAACCGACGCCGCAGCGUGAACGGACCCGGGAAGUACCCGAAGCCUCUAUCUUCGGACCCGCAAAUCCCAGUCCUUAUCCUUGCAACUAGACCUAGCUCGCAAUCCAAGAACAGCAAUGCCCCAGGCAGCUGGACCGUCUUUCUCCCAUGGAGUUGUGUUCUCCCGGUGUGGUAUUCCUUGAUGUACUACCCUCUCUCGAGCGGCGGGAACCCGAGAUUCGGCGGACUGAAGGAACAACAACAGCUUGCUUUCGAGGCAGGAGAGCCUUGGUUCCCGGGUGAUUUCCCCGGGACCACAGCCGGCUGGGAAUGGAACUUACGCGAGCAAGGCAAGGCCAAGGAGGAAUGGGAGCGACGACCGAAGGGCCGGAGAACGGAGUUUGACAGCAUCGAUCUCGGAAAUGGUCAAAAGGGGGAAGUCGGACGAGGUUGGGCCUGCGACUGGGAGAAGCUCGUGGACACACUUCCCAACCCUGCCACUAAAGCUGCGAAGGGGAAAUCGGCCAAGCCCAAUCCCAAGACUAACACCGAUACUGAUUCUGAUGCAAAGAACACUACUUCGACUGCUGAGGCCGAAACUCCUCAAACUCCACCCCUUGGUAUCCGCCAUCUGCACCCAACAGCGGCUGCGCGUGCAGUAGUCAAUGACAACACUCCUAAACCCAACCCUCGCAGCAACCCUGACCUUGCAACCGUUCAAAUCUCUCUUCAUCACCGAGGCACACCUACACCACGAGCCCGUAUCUACCGCCUCCCCACAACCAACCCGGCGCUUCGCCAAAAAUGGCUCUCUCUGGCAUCCCACAAACCCAGCACCACAACUCCCAAACCUGUCGACCCAUCAGCACAAAAAGACCUCGCCGGAAACAAAGAUCUCGCUCAGUCGCACCUCGCUGCGUCUCUAAUCGCACCUUCAGCUGACACGGAGGCUCAGCAAACGCAUCUCCCCCUCCCAUCAGAAGAAGACCUCAUUGGUUUCGUUACGACCGGAAACUACAAUCUCUCGGAGGGCAAAGGCACGGGCAUUGGCUCUAUCCUUGUGUCGAAGGCCGCGAGUCAGAAUCCGGCUCAGAAGAAAGGGAAAGCUCGGGAGCGGAAUAUGUGUAUUGUUCGCCCAGCGGGUGAGUUGGUGGGGAGAUUGGGGUAUUGGAAUCUUGUUUAG